GUAUGGGGAAGACAACUCUCUUGCAACAUGUUUAUAAAGAUGAUGAAAUUACAAAGGAAUUUGAUCUUAAAAUGUGGGUUUGUGUUUCCAACAACUUUGAUGUGAAAAAAGUCAUUGCAGAUAUGUUGGAAUGUCUUAAGAAGGAGAGGCCUCGUUGGGAGACACUUGUGGCACUUCAAGGGCGUCUCGAGGAGGAGGUGAUGUACAAGAAGUUCUUACUUGUGCUGGAUGAUAUUUGGGAGGAGGAGGAGGAACGGGAUAGAAGUAAAUGGGAGAAUGUGUUCGCCCCUCUAGCUUCUCGGGCUUUUGGUAGUAAGAUUCUGGUAACAACUCGAACAGAUUCAGUUGCACUGAUGUUUGCAAACUUAAUUAAAAAGAAGAAGGAAAUAAUUAAAUUAAAGGGCCUAGAGAAAGAUGAGUGUUUGCAGCUCCUCAACUCUCAUGCAUUUUCUGGUGUAGAGAACCCUAAUGAUCAUGAAAAUUUAAGAGUCAUUGCUCGAGAUAUAGUUAAAAAGCUUUCAAGUUCUCCUUUGGCAGCAAAGGUCAUUGGUGGUGUUCUAAAUUCUCUUGACUUGGAUGAAAGGCGUUGGAGGACAGUUCUAGAAAGCAAUUUAUUGGGUCAGACUUCUGUCGAUUCCAUCUUAAGACUGAGCUAUAUAGUUCUGCCAAAUCCUUUAAAAAGUUGUUUUGCAUUUUGCGGCAUGUUCGCACAAGAUCAUAAGUUUGAUAAAGAAGAUUUAAUCCGAAUGUGGAUUGCGUUGGGUUUCAUUCAGCCAUCUCUUGAUCAAGAAGAGACUAUGGAGGAUAUCGGGGGAAGGUAUUUUGACGUUUUGGCUAAAAAAUCUUUCUUUGACAAGUUUGACAAAGGCUACAAGAUGCAUGAUUUACUACAUAAAUUGGCACAGUCAGUUUUCAAACAAGAAUGUUUAAGGGUUGAGGAUAGUACAAAGUUGCCUUCUAAAAUUCCUGAGACUCUGCGACACUUGUCUAUUAAAACUACAAAUCUAGACAUCUUAAGACAGAUUGAGAAGUUUAAACAUUUGCAUUCUCUUUUCUUGUUCUAUGAAGGUUCUAAUCAGGAUCUUUGCGGUGCACUUAUUAAAAUAUUCAAAGCAUCGAGAUGCUUGCGCUUAUUAUACAUACAUACUCAUGAAUUGGAAAUGAUACCUGAGGAGAUUGGAUAUUUGAAACAUCUUCGAUAUUUGGAUAUUAGAAGAAUUGAUGUCACUGGGCUACCAAGAUCUCUAAGUAACCUCUAUCACUUGCAAUACAUAAUCUAUGAAGGAUGGGUAAAGUCAAGCCGACUUGGCCGACUUGAAGUUGAUGAUGUUUUACCAAUUGACAUUAAAAGCUUUUCUAACUUGCGUUUGGUGACAUUGCUCGGACAUUGUUUUUCAUCGGUACGUGGGAUUGGGAAGCUAAACUUUCUUGAUGAAUUGGAAAUGUUUGAUCUUAGAGAUGAGAUGGGUUAUAGAAUUGAUGAGUUGAAGUAUUUGAAUUAUCUUUGCAAAUUAGGCAUCAAUUGCCUUGAAAAUUUGAAGGAUGCCGAGGAGGCUCGUAAUGCCCAACUAUGUGAAAAGAGGAGGCUCGCAGAUUUGACCUUAUGUUGGAGUGACACUGAUUCAAGGAAUAUCGAUUUAAAUCAAAACGUGCUCGACAACCUUCAACCACCAAAAUGUCUAAGGAAUCUGAGCAUAAAGAGAUACAUGGGUGCAAGGUCUGCAAUAUGGAUGAACAAUGUCAAUCUGCUCUCCAGCAUACAAAAAAUUGAGGAAAUCGAAUUGUCAGAUUGCAUGGAAUGGGAAACUCUUCCACCUUUUGGGCAACUUCCCUUUCUCAAGUCUCUGAGACUUUCUAACAUGCCGAAAGUAAAAUGGCUCGAAAGUAAAUUUAAUGGGAAUGAUAAAUACCGUGCUUUUCCAUUGCUAGAGGUGUUAUAUAUUUGGGGAUUAGAAGCAUUAGAAGAUUGGUUUGAGGCAGGAAUAGCUGCUGAAGAUGGAUGUUUGUUUCCUUGCUUAAUUGAACUGACCCUAUCUCACUGCCCGAAGUUGAAAGAGUUGCCCUCUUUGCCUUCUAAGCUCAUGAGGUUGCAGAUAAAUAAAAUUAGGUGGACUACUUUGAAUUUUUGUAGCAAUUCAAAUCCUAUUCCCCUUGAAAUAUUAUUAGUCCUUUUCUGUCCUAACAUUACAUCUCUUCCUCUGGCUGAUGAAGCAGCAAGACUUGCUGGACUAAGAUUCUUGGCAAUUUUAAAUUGCCCCAAUCUGGUAUCUCUCGGAAGACAUCGAGAAGUGGAGGCCACUAAUAAUUGCCAUCUCAUGGUCAGGAAUCUCUGGAUAAGCGACCCAUCGGUGUUGCUAAUGGAGCCAUUGACAAGUAUCGCCUCCGUAAAAACGCUGUUUAUUACGGAUAAUGAUGAGCUGGUUUCAUUUCCAAAUGAGGCGGAGCAGUGGCUUAUGAAAUUUAGAUCUUCUCUUUAUGAGCUGCAAUUUGAAAGGCUCAAAUCCUUACAGUCUCUCCCUUCCUCCUUGGAAAGCUUUUCUUCACUUCAGAAACUAUGUAUUCAACAUGUUCCUAUGCUUCGUGAAUUGCCGAACCUUCCUUCCUCUUUGGAAAGUCUAUCAAUUGCGGGAUGUCAUCCAGAGUUAUAUGAGCUCUAUCGAGGGGAUGGAGGCUCCGAUCGGCACAAGAUUGCUCACAUUCCUUAUAUCGAUAUUCCUCCCUGAAAAUUUCAAAAUACAUAAGCUGCAAACUUCUUUCUUCUUAUCUUUUUUGUACCACUUGA